AUGACAGGUGAUAUUUAUGCCUUGCAACCUGAAAUGCUGGACCAUCCUUACAGGAAACCAGCUCUAUCUCAAAUCCUCACCAGCACCAGCCAAGUGACAUCUCCAGAGCCUUCUGAGAGAGAUGCUCCAGCAAGACCUGCUCAGAUGCUGCUUCAUCAAAUCCUAGCAGAUUAUCAGCAGUUACAACAGGGUAGCCCCAGCUACUCUGAAGUAAAGAGCAGGUGCCAGUACCUCCACCAAAAGCUGUCCCAUAUUGAGAGCCACAUAUGUGAAUAUGACAAGCAGUUGCCUUGGUGCACGCAAGUCCUCAGUGUCAGAGCAGCUCUUGGGCUUGCUCAGUGCAGGAGCAUCCUCCUGCUUGAGGCUUUGUCGGUGGGCAGCUGCACACUGACAGGAGCCUUGUUUUUUCCUCAUUUUACAGCACACUCUGCAAACUUGCACAGCCGUGCUCCAAUGAUGGAGAAACUGGCUGCUGCAGUUUGCACACUUGGUGGAAUUUCUUAUUCUGUCUAUUUCUUGACUAACCUGGCACGUCACGUGACCCGUGUAUUCCGAGGUGCCGAUCCUGAGAGCACGGAACCAACAACAGACUCUCCUCUGGCUCCCAGUGCUUGUGGAGAAGAGGCCAAAGAGGAGCAAACUGAGCAGACGCCUCCAGCUGUGGUCACACCACAGCCGGAUUCUUCCGAGGCAGUCCUUCCAGACAACGAGCAUGAGCAGACUGUUUUAUCAGAGAUGCCAUGCUGGCCAUGCCAGAUUCAAGAGGAGCUGUUUCCAGCCAAAGAACAGGAAGAGCAGCUCAGGCAGCAGGUGGCAGAGCCACAGGAGAAUGGCCAGACCAUCGAGGCAGAGCCACAUGCAGAGCUGCCUGAAGCUCAGCGUGACCUCAUAGUAGUGAAGAGGAGGAACAAGGAAGAGAUGAGAAGAAUUGAAGAUCACUGGAAUCUCCAUCGACAGAGAGGCGAUCAACAAACCCAGGUGAGGGUAAGAGUGGCAGGCACUCCACUCCUGAAACAUCCUCUCUCUUGCUCUUCCCAGAACUUUGGGGAGAAGCUACAGGCAGAGCUGCAGGAAACUGAGGCUAGGAUCAAGGCAAGGGAGAAGAGGCUGGAGGAAGAAAUGAAAAUUGCCAAAGAGAAAAUGUAUCUCCUCCUUCAGAAGCAAGAGGCUCUAGAAAAACAAGUGGCCAUAAAGAAAAUAAAUAUCGCAGGACUCGGGAAUAAGCAGUUAACCAUUAAUGAAAUCAAGAUCAUGAAGAGGAACAGGAGUCUAGGUGUUGUAAAUUAUUUAGACAGCUACCUGGUGCAUGAGGAGGCCUGGCUGGUGAUGGAGUACAUGGAUGGAGGCACCCUGAGCGAUGUCAUCUAUGAGACUCGCAUGGCUGAAGAUGAGAUCGCAGCUGUCAGCCGGCAGUGCCUACAAGGACUGGAUUUUCUUCACUCGAACCAUGUGAUUCAUCGAGAUGUGAAGAGCCGCAACAUCCUUCUCAGAACUGAUGGCUCUGUCAAGCUGGCUGAUUUUGGCCUCUCUGCUCAACUCACUGCUGAGCAGAGCAGACGGAGCUCGGUGACCGGGACUCCUUGGUGGAUGGCGCCUGAAGUGGUGACAGGUCGACCAUAUGGUCCCAAAGUGGACAUAUGGUCGUUUGGAGUUGUGGGAAUGGAAAUGGUGGAGCAAGAAGUUCCUUACUGGAAGGAAAGUAGUCGCUCGGCUCAGUUCCUGAUAGCCACAGAAGGGAUGCCACAGCUGCAGCAGCCAAACCUAAUCUCGCCUUGGCUGCGUCACUUCCUGCACUGCUGCCUGCAGAGAGACGAGGCGCGGCGCUGGUCUGCCAAGGAGCUCCUGCAGCAUCAAUUUGUAACAUCAGCCAAGCUUGCGUCCAGCCUGGUGCCACUCAUCCUUGCAGUAAAGAAGCGGAAGGAGGAGACAAGAAUGUGA